GAGCUUCAGAGGUUGAACCCCCAUGACCUACUGACAACCGACGGAUCUGUACGCUUGGUGUUAGAUUGGAAUCGUUUCGAUGGGCUCUACAAGUCAGAGCCAUCAUACAGAGCCCGUUAAAUAACGUCAAUGUUUAAGAAUUUUAUCUCGAUAAGUUAAGACGGACGAUAUAUUUUAAUUUAGCCGACUGUGAAAAGAUCUAAUAUAGUACUGUACGUGUAAGCAUAGGGGCUAGUAAGGACAGUGAGGUCAUUCCUGGAAUCUUGGAAACCAAACUUUUGUUACACAUAGCGACGCAUCGGAUAUCAGGUAACAAAUUCAUAGUUAUGAAGUAACAUCUCUGUGUAGAUAUAAACUUUGUCAUUGCUAGUCCUCUAUUUCCUUCUUAUGAUCCCCUAUUAUUCUCUUUGUGAUUUCACCCGCUUGAAGUGCUUAUGCUAAAAAAUAUGAUAAAUUAUAUAUAAUAAUAAUAUUAUAUUUUAAAUAAUAUUAAUAUAUUAUCAAUAUAAUUAUAAUUAAUAAUUAUAAAUAUAUUACUAUUAUUACUAUCUGAACUAUCUUUCUCACUUUUCGUUAGGCCUACUCUGUCGUCUCGCCCGUUUUUAAAUGUUUCCUAUGUUUUUGCCCGCUCGCCCUUUAAACUUAAACGUUACUUUAAUAUCUUCCCACAGUAACCCCGCAGUGGCGUAGUUAGAGCUAGAGCUACUGCCACCAGGAGCGGGCUAAGCUUUUUGCAGCUCCCUUCAACGAAAAAAAACCCCGUCAGUGAUCCGAAGAUGCCCCCCCCCCCUUGGCCAUAAUUUUGACUUUAAACAAAUUACUACUUUAUCUGAGUCUUAAAUCUAAAUGGUCUCCCUCUUCCCCCACCCCUCCCAAACUCAUGUUGUCUUCUUUAACUUCUGCUUAAAUAAUAACUAUUAAAACUUGAAAUGUCUAAAUAUAUAGCCAUCCAAUUUAUUCUAAUCACUCCUUAGGCUACUUUAAAUAUUGUUUAACACGCUCCCAAAGUCAAUUCUACUUUUUGAUUAAGGACAUCCGUCACAUAAUGGGACUUCUAAUGAUUAUCACUCUCUAAGCUGGGAAUGCAAAUAUGUGUCAUCAUACACUACACCUACAUUGUAGCAGAUCGAGGAGAGGGGGAGUGGUUUUUUUUUUUUUUUGUUUUUUUUUUUUUUUUUUUUUUUUUUUUUUUGGGGGGGGGGGGGCAUAAGGUUCCUCUACCUUUAACAGGACUGAAAAAUUACAUUCAAGAUGGCAUCUGGUAUUUUUGUAUAAUAGUUCCCCCCCUCCCACUUUUCAUGUGUAUGCCCCUCCACCACUGAUAUGUCUUGUUUCUUUUCCAGUUCUAGUGUUAGAUAAAAAAGCCACAUGCAAAUGAGAAAAGUGUGGGGUGGGGUGGGGGAUGGCAGCUGCAGAGGUGAAUUUUGGCAAAGAUAAGAUCAGGGUUGGCACAGAGCGGUUUGUGAAAAGCUGGAGAUGCUCAAAAAAACUAAACAAAAAUUUUAACAAACUCUUUUAACACUUCAUUGAUCACUAUCAAAUAGAUUUGUGGAGUUUUUCAUUCAGAUAACAUUGUUUUUGUAUUUGUCUUGUUACCAUGAAUUUUGUGUACUAUUUUAGUCUAUUUCGCUACAUCAUUGGUCAUGUAACUAACUAUCUAUGACUUAUUAUAUCAGCUUGUCAUGUUCUACUUGUCACCCCUGAUGUAACUGUACAUUAAAGAUGGAAACAAGACAAUAAUCUUAAUAUUUUCUUUACAAUAUAGACUUAUUAGAAUCGCAGACAAUGGAUGCCACCCAGAGGACUCAGGAAUCCAGCACCCUGUCGGUGAAAAAGUUUGAGGACCAUGGAGUGGUUGUGGACUAUGUUGACCUCAAGAAGUUGCCACAGUUUGGGGCCCUAAGUGAACAGGUAGCAUUGUUUGUGUGCAAACAUCCAUGUACCUUUGUGUACUAAUCAACAUGUACCUUAAUUUGUGUACUAAUCUACAUGCAGCAUAGUGUUUAUGUUAAUAUACAUGUAGCAUAGUGUGUGUACUAAUACACAUUUAGCAUAGUGUGUGUAGUAAACUAUAGGAGUGGCAUUUAUAUUUUAAAUUCAAUAGAAUACAGGUAAAAACAUGUGUGUAAUAACUUACAAACAGGAUUAUGUCUGCACUUCAUAUGGCUUACAUUUAGUGGCUUAAGUUUCCAAGGCUAAAAGUGUACUUGUAUUUCAGGUAUCCGCCAUAGUCCAGUCCAGCUCUUGGUGGGAACGUUACGGCAUCGACUGCUGCAUCCAUGUGUUAAGCUUUGCUGGCUGGGUGGCCAGCUUUUUCCUCUUGGCAUCCUCGAGCCCAUACAUCUUCGUGUUGGGUGUAGCCACCCUUGGCCUGUGCCACUCCUCUCUGACGGUGAAAGCGUCCCACAUGGCGGCCCACAGUGCCAUGUGCUCGUCCCACGCCUGGAACCGAUUCUGGAGUUUCCUGUUCACCGAUAUCAUCGGGACAUUUUCAGCUGAUGUGGGUUACAAUAUCCAUAUCAAAUGUCAUCACCCGCACACCAACAUCAUCGGCUUGGGGGACUCCAGCACAUUCAGAGCCCCCUUCGUCCCAAGUAUGUUGUACAUGUUUGUGACGCCACUCCUGAUGCCCAUCUUGACGCCGUUGGUGGCGCUCAGGGAAAUAUUGUCAGACUCUCCGGUGAAAAUAGUUCGGCAUCUGAUACUGGCUUACCUGGGGUUGGCCCUUCAGCUGUACCUCCUGACCUCUGUUUCCGGGCUUACCCUGUCGUGGGCGUUGAUCGUUGUCUUGGCCAAUAGGAACGUCCUGGCAAUACCAUACAUUCACGUCAACAUCUUCCAGCACAUUGGCCUGCCGAUGUACUCCCCGCAGCACCGGCCUAAGAAGAUCUACCAGAUGACGACAGGGGUCCUCAACUUGCCUAGAAACCCCAUUCUCGACUACUGUUUCGGGCACGGCAUCAUCAGUUGCCACACGGAGCACCAUCUCUUCCCGCGGCUCUCCGACAACAUGUGUCUCAAGGUGCAGCCCGUAGUGAAGAAGUUCUGCGUGGAGCAUGAUCUGCCCUACCAUGAGGACACCUACACCAGCAGGGUGGCUCACUUUGUGUCCAACUACAAAAUGUUGAUGGUGGACGCCCCACCCAUUACUAAAUUUGUUGGAUUGCAGUGAUCGAAGAAUCCAUGAGAUGGUUUGGUUUCAAUGAGCUGAAGAUACAAAAAGUCAUGUAUAAAAGAUACUCAUUUUGUUACCUGAUAUAUUUAUAACAAAUGCUGCUCAAUGCAAGUUUUAAUCAUUGCUUCUUUUCUUUUUCCAAUGUUAUCUUUUUUUGUUGUUAUUGCUACAAAUUCUUUCAGAUUGAUGUUAAGAUAAUUUUAUAUUUAUUCAGUAUGUUGAUGUUCAUUUUGUUGAAAAUAGAAUAUGCAAUUUAUAUGAGUUUAGUUUUAAACAGAAUUAAGAGGGAGAAAGCCUUUAUAAAGAGAAACAAAAUAUUUAUAUUUUCAUUACAACGCAAAGAAAUUGACAACCACAAAAAAAAAAAAAUGUCCUAUUGAGGAAGUAGAAACAAAGUUUUAGAUCUAUGCACCAAAUACAUUCAACCCUAUAUCCUAUAUCCUAAUAUUUGGUGUAACACUCAAACCAGACACUAUCUAGUUACAAGCACAGGGUGAUAACAUUAAAUCCUAGGAGAAUCGGGACCUAAGUAUUCAUUUGCCAGUAAUAUUUUAAAAAAAUAGGUCACCUGUAAGAUUAAGAGACUUUGACCUUGAUGUUUUUGAUUGACAGUUUCAGUUUUAAGUUCCAUCUAUUACAGUUUUAUGAGUGCCAACAUUUUGUAAAUUUCCUUUUAAUGAACUCGAUGAGUGAAUUUUCUUAAAACAAUGCAGCUUUAAGAAAUAUGUCUGCGUCUGCUGUGUGUGUUUAUGAUGUCUACUGAUUGGUGUUUUAAAAGUUUGUUUGGGGGAGGAUGGGAAGACGAUGCAAUAACUGACUUUUUUUAUGUCAGGUCAUGACACUAAGACUUGUAGUUUAUGAAUUUCAAGGAAAUUUCUAAGUAAUGAUUAAGACAUGGUUUGUUGAUAACAAGUGUAGAAUAACAAGUGUAGAAUAACAAGUGUAGAAUAACAACGGUACAAUGGUAGCAUACCAAUGGUACAACAAUAGAGUAAAAAUUGUAGAAUAACAACUAUAGAAUAACAAGUGUAGAAUAACAACUGUAGAACAACUUUAGAAUAACAACUGUAGAAUCACAACUGUAGAAUAGCAACUGUAGAAUAACAACUGCAUGUUAACAGCGGUACAACUGUAAAAUAAAAAUUGUAGAAUAACAACGGUACAAUGGUAGAAUAAUUGUGGUACAAUGCGAGAGUAACAAUGGGUAGAAUAACAAGGAUACUGCAAUAUUGUCUGUUUUUUUUAUUUCUUUGAUUUUUGAACCAACAUGAUUUUAUUUAUUUUUUAAUUUAAAAAAAAAAAAAUUAUUUGACAU